CAUAUUAAUUCUAUAAAUUUAUUGCAUUAAAAAACUUCAAGAUAAACAGAACCAAAAAUCGGGAGAUUUGAAUGACAAAUCGGGAGGGCGGGAGAAAGGGUAUAAAAUCGGGAGUCUCCCGCCUAAAGCGUGAGGGUUGGCAGGUCUGCAUUGGAUUUUCGUUUUCUCCAGCUGAGAACUGUGGUAUCGAUUCAGACCAUUGACGAAUAGGGUGAUGCAUAACCGCUACCUGGUCUAAUACUCUGUUACAUGACGUAGGUCUAGGCGAGUCUUGCGCCUCGUCGUGCGUGUAGUUAACUGUGCGAAUACGCUCGUGUGCGUGCUUAUCAGCAUUGGUCGUUGCAUCUGCUGAUGGUACACUAGUAUUAGUUAUAUUAUCUAGACGUAACUGAAGCACCUUUUCUUCCAGAUGUACUACACGUACGUCUGUGCAUUAGUUUCAUUAUGUUUUUCCUGUACGAGUGUAAUGCGUUCGUCUACUUCAGCAUGGUGUUGGUUUACUGCCUUGUUAACUAUUGCAUGACAUGCACUGUUUAUUUCAUUAAUGUUGUUACUAUUUCGUGCAGCCUGCUCAGCUAUUUGUUCUACCCGACCUGCCAAUUGGUUAUGACGAUCAGUUAUUUCCUGAGAUAAUGCUUGAGUUGAAUCAUCACAUCGUUUCCGUACAUCUAUCAGCUGUUGCUUGGUACUUUCUAUAUGUGUCUCCAAUCUGUUACUGAUUGUUACAACACUGCUGUUUACUUCAUUCAGUCCUUGACUAAAUUCUUGCGUAAGGUGUUGCGUUUGUUGCUUAAGCUCAGUUUUAAUUUGUCGCGUAAGCUCAGUUUUAAGCUCAGUUUUAAGGUGUUGUGUUUGUUGCGUAAGGUCAGUUUUCAUUUGUGAUAAACUUUCCAUGACCAUAUGCAUCAUGGCAGACAAAUCCGUCGGAGAUCCUGACGGACCUGACUGUUCAGUUAACAUGGCAGACUCUGGCCGCUCCAGAUGCUGGCUUGCCUCUACAUCGUCACUAUCUACUUGUAAAGGAGACGCUACAAUGGGUUGCAACCUAUAGGUAACUGAUUCUUCACUGUUAUCCCUAGAAUUACGUACAGAGCUCAUACGGCUGCGUCCACGAGUUUCCAUUGUACACUAAUUAUAGUAAUCACAAAAAAAAAUUACAACUAGAUUUUUCGAAAGGCCCCACGUUAUGGUGUCAGAUCUGCGGGGAAGCUAACCCUCACAGUAUAAUUGAUAAUUUUAUUUUAAAUAUAAAUAUUGCCAGUGUAACCUAGUGUGUCAUAGAUUUGUAUGUAAGAUUAUAUUACUUUGAUAAAUUUUAAUAUUUGACAUCUGUAUUACUUUCGACUGUGUAGAUAAAUUUUGACAAAUAAAAUAUGAUCACUGCAGAAGUUAAUUUAAAGCAAUAUUUAAAUAUUCGUAUCUAGCGUUGCUUUUAAUAGUUGGGCACACAACAAGAAUCAAAAGUUCUUAAAAUAUUAAAUUUAAAAGUUUUUGCCGGCUAAUUUAUAACUCAAUAGAGAACUCAUGACUCUAUUUCUCUACCACUAAUGUCAAUCAUAUUGACACCUGAACACUCUUUCUUCAUUCAUUAUAUCAGUUUGGUGAUUUCAUUCCAAUUUAAAUCACCUAGUUCUUGGCAUACAAUUCUUUAAUCAUUUCAUACAGCAAAACAUUUUAUUCAGAAUUGAAUGGUGUUAUGCAGAAGGAGACCAACCCUCAAAAAUAAAAAAAAUGGGUUACAACAAUGUCUUGAAAGUUAAAUUUUUAUUCUGUAUUCUGCAAAAAACACCCAACCCAUAUCUGCAUUGUGCUGCCUUCUGUGUUCGAUAAAACUAACCCACAUUGAUAUCAUUCGUAGAGUAAUAUUCUGCAUAAACCAUCCAUGUUCCUUGGUCAACUAAUUACUUAUACUACUUUCACAUGCCAUUCUGCAGAAAGAAUCCAUGUGGUUUGGUUGAUUAAAUUCCAUGUUUAUUUUAUCUUCAGAAUUUUUCAGAAACUAUCCAAGUGGGUUGGUCUGUUACUGCAGAUCAUUCUUUCGCCUUGUUAUUUAUCUUUGGAAUUUUUCAGAUUCCAUCCAAGUGGUUUGGUUUGUUUCUUCUAAACACACUGGCCUAUUUAAGUACACCUACACCCAUUUUAUCUAUGUUUAUUAUUUCCAUAAUUUAAUUAAUAUUGUAAUAUAAAUGAAUUAUGUGCUAUGGAAUUUCUUGUGGGCUCAUGUAAAUGUUGCCAGCACUGCUAAUGUUGCUAGCACUUUUUUACUUUUGGUGGGAAAGUUUGUUUACUGUAUAGUCUAAACCGGUCUGUUAUAAUGGAUGCACAAAGUAGAGGAAAAUUUCUUGUACAGCUUGCCUUAAAAACAUUUGCUGAGCAAAGUAAUUACAGUCCUGAGCAAAGUAAUGACAGUCCUGAAGAUAUUUCACCAGAAAAUUUAAUAAUACAGGAAGUACCAGACAAGGAGUCACAUGAGUCACAUAUAGUAGGCCAACAUUUUGAAAAUGUGCUUGAAGAAGAGGAGAUAAUUUUUUCUGGUGUUGUAAUUGAAGAAGGUAUUCUAAUCACUCACGAGGAAGAAGUGUAUACCUCAUUGCCACCAACAGAAGAAUUUCAAGAGAACACUGAGACCAUUCCCGUAUCUGCUGAACAUGUAGAAGAUGCGUUUCCUGUACAUGUGUCAGAUUCCAUUGCUGAUGAAAAUGGAGAGAAAAAUGAUACUGAGUCUAAUGUCAGUCAUGAUGUUGAUUAUAAUAAAAGUCAUCUACAUCAUUUUCCUGGUGACUCAUCAUUUGAUUCCAGUGGUGGGGAAAACCCAGAGGAAAACUGCAAAACAGGGCGAAAGUCAAGAGGAAGAAAAAGGAAAAUUGAAGAUCAGUCUAGGAGUGAAAGGAAGAGGAAACGAAAUAGCAACCAAUCCUACUACAACUACAAGUACAAGCAUGUAGCACAUAAAGUGUUUGAAGAUUAUGAAUGUCACUGCCCUCUCCAGUGCAAUCAGAAAGUGGGUCUUGAAGAGAGGAAGAUGGAAUUUGACAGAUUCUGGAAGUUGGGUGAUUACACAGCACAAAAUACAUAUAUAGGGAGCCUUGUAACAGAAUACCCUAAAAAGCGACAGUAUGGACGUGAUCCGAAAAAGAAGCAGUUUUCGAGAAUUUUUCGUUUAUCAUCAGUACGAGUAUGUAGAAAUAUGUUCUGCAAGACAAUAGCUAUCUCUCCAUGCAGGGUUAACACGGCACUUAAAAAAGUGAAUGGUCGCCUACCUUUAAAUGAUCAAAGAGGAGUUCAGCAAGGAGGCUGGAACAAAACAUCUGACAUCAAAUUGGAGAAAGUUAUAGCCCAUAUUAAAAGUGUACCAACAUACACCUCACACUAUUGUAGGGACAGUGUUUCUUCUAAAUAUUUGCCACGAGACAUGACACUGGAGAAGAUGUACAGUGCUUACAAAAGUGAAACAGAAUACCCUGUGAGCCUUGCCACCUACAAAAGAGUAUUUUACGAUAAAUUUGACUUAAAAAUCAAACCUCUAAAAAAAGACACGUGUAACAAAUGUGAUACAUUACAUAACCAGAUUCAGUGUGGCAACGAAAACAGUGCCGAAGUUAAAGAAGAGCGCCAAAAUCAUCUUCAAAUUGCUACUGAUGCACAAACCAUGUUGAAAAGUGACAUGAAACUUGCAAAGGACUGUGCUGAUAUUGAAUGUCUCACUUAUGAUAUGGAGAAAACAUUACCAUUACCUCGUAUCCCAACCAGUAUAAUGUUUUAUAAACGACAGUUAUGGUUAUACAAUUUGGGAAUACAUAGUGGCAAAGAUGAAAAUGGUUACUGUUAUGUAUGGCUAGAAGGAGAAGCAGGUAGAGGAGCGCAGGAAAUUGGUUCUUGUCUCCGCAAGCACAUCACCAGUACAUUAAAUUCUGAUGUAGAAACACUAAUCCUGUGGUCAGAUUCUUGCGGUGGACAAAACCGUAAUAUCAAGAUGGUUCUUAUGAUGAAAGAAAUUUUACACAAUCAUCCACGAUUGAAAAAGAUAAUACUUAGGUACUUGGUUUCUGGGCAUAGCUUUCUCCCUAAUGAUAGGGAUUUCGCAGAUAUUGAGAGAGCACUCAAGCACCAACAUAGGCUCUACACACCUGCAGAUUACAUCGAUGUUAUGAAGACAUGCAGAAAAAAGAAACCUCUCAUUGUUUCCAAAAUGAACCCUGGAGACUUUCUUGGAACCAAAAGGAUUGAAGGUUCUAUUACUAAUAGGAAAAUGUCUGAAGACAAUCGGAAAGUCAGUUGGCUUAAUGCCAGACAAAUUACACUAAAGCGCGAAGAACCAUUCCUUCUGUACAUCACUACAGAUUUCAAAAGUGAAGAUGAACUUGUAAUCAAUAUUAAAAAAAGUACUAGGGGAAGGCCUAAAGCUGAUGAUAUUUGGAAGCUGAUUCCACUGUGGCCAAAUGGAAAACCCAUAACAGCUGCAAAAAUGGCUGACAUCGAAUCCAUUAAACAUCUCAUUCCAGCUGAUGCAGUAGAUUUUUAUAGAAAUCUUACGGCCGCCAAUGAUGCUCAGGAAGAUGAUGUAGAUGGAUUCAACAAUACAUUGAAUUUUGACAUUCAGGAGUGAAAUGUUAGCUAACAUGUAUUUCGUGUUAUAAUUUUGAUGUUCUCUAGCUUAAUGUGUAUUUAUAUUCCUUAGACUAUUCAAUGUCAAGAGAUCAGUAUUUUUAAAAAAAUAUAUUAUGUCCAAAUAAUUUUUGUUGUAAACCAAAUUAUUUUGUGAAUAUAUUUGCUUAAUACUAUAAAAAUUAAACAGGAAUAAAAUAAUUCCAACUGCCAAGUUUUGGUUUACUUUGCAGUAUUAUAAAAAUAUGCAUUUACUAAAGAUCUUCAACCCGUAUUUAAAUGUUUAAACUGUGUAUUAUGUAAGAUUCGGCAUUUAUAAAAUUAUAUGUGAUGGUUCAGGAAACAUGUACACAAAUUACAUAGGUACUAUUUUCUGCAGAACAUAUUUUACUGGGAUUCAGCAAAUUUGCAGAAAAAGACCAACCCACAUUUACUUGUAAUAAAAUAUUAAGGACUAUUUUUUUUUAAUUAAAUAAUUUUGAGAACAACAUAUAUACUCAUCCUAAUAAUCUAAUUUAAAUUUCAUAUUCAUUGUUGAGUCUCAAAAUAUUUCAAAGAGCAGUGACUUUAAAGCUAGUGUUCUCUCUUUUGAAAUUUUGUGGCAUGGAUGGCUUCUGCAUAACACCAUUCAAUUCACUAUUAACAAUCCAAAACUUCCAUUUUUCAUUUUUAAAAACUUGUUUAUUACCAGUCAGCAAAGAUAUUGCACUUCUUUUCAAAAACAAAGCACACAAAAUAAAAUAAUCUUUUCUCAUAGCGUUCAUUUGAGUCCAAAGACUAAAUUAAAAUUAUUCAGUUUCAUAGUCCUGUGAAUAUGGCAUAUUUACAAUACCUUCAUACAUGUGUACUAAUGACUAAAAAUAAAAUUAGAGUGUGAACCAUCAUACACAUUUUACCAGAGGCUCUAAUUCACUCAAAUUGUUGGUUUCCAUGGUGACAGUCACAAAACCUACUUAUUUAAAAUAACUUUUCUAACUUUUAAAAAUAUAUUAGCUAAUUCCCUACCUUCAUACAUGUGAUUACUAUCAAAUAAAACUAAUUUGAAAGUGCAAACCAUUAUAUAAAAUUUACUAGAGGCACUAUUAGCUUCUAAUGUAUGAAAAUAAUGGUUUCCUUAAAAAACUUUCUUGUUUAAACUCACUUUAGUAUUUUUUAAAACUAAUGCAAGUAAUUUACUACCACCAUACAUGUGUGAACUAAAAACUACAACUAAAUUUGGAGCGCGAAACAUUAUACAAAUUUUACCAGAGGCUCUAAUAACCUCUAGUGUGGGAAUUAUGGGAAUGAAAAGAUUUGAGCACACUAAAAUGUGCUGCUGCUCAACACUACAACUACAAUCGGUGAUGAGGUGUGCUGAUGUAUGAAAAAAAGUGGUUUAUGCCUUAACUAGUCAGCGAUUAAAUAUGCUUACAGGGGUGAAAUGCUACAGCCAAAACGACAAAAUGCAUAGUAACUACAGCGCCUCUGAGCUAUUCAAAAUGAAUUACUAGUUUGUUGUCUGUCUGACUAAAAAUUAAAUAAAAUACACCCACAACUACUCAUUUACAAGCUUUACUUCAAUCAAACCUAUGUAUUUACAUAACAGUUUUUUGACUAAAAAAUAUUUAUAAAUACUAAACACGUUCUCCUAAGGAAAUUCAAAACACAUUUCCUUUCAUCAGUACACUAUACAAUUAAUAAAAACAUUUCUGGAUUUCAUCAGUCCUAAUGAAAUAAAAUAGCAAUACCAUAAACCAUAAACAUAUUUAUAUCACAGAUCAUUUGAUAAGUUAGUCCAACAAGACAUGAACAUCUGAAUGUAACAAAUGGCAGGAUCUCAGGGUUGCUACAAGCUUGGAGUAAAAAAAAUUUCCUCACUUUCCCAGCUUUUCAAGACUUGAAAUCAUCAAGUUUCUCUUACCUUUAAGAAAUAAAAAUGGUUGCGUAGUGCCAUUCAAAGCAGGUGCAUCAAAAAUAAAUAGCUGGGUAGGAAAAAGUGCAGUUUUUCAUUAGCAAUUUACAUCAACUCUUAAAAAAAUAUAUCAAAUGCUGCCCAUCAAACCUGUGUGUAAACUUGUGGAAAUUCCCCCUCCUUUUCCUUAUCCCCUCAGCCUGUUAAACUCCAUGCUUACAGUAAAAAGUCUGUGAUUUCACCAAAACACAGAAAAUUAAUUAAAUUUUGUGAUAUUUCAAAUUCAUGAAGUGCCAAUUCAUUGGUGAAGGCAUAUAUUUCACUUUACUUUUAUUAUCACUAAAAUAAAUCCCAGAAAUAUUUCGAAAUGUCCCUUAUUUUUUUUUAGUAUUCCCCAAAUAUUUUCAUUUUCCUAUUCUCAGUUUUCACUACCAAAGGCAACCCUGGUAUUUAGAGGCAUUGUAUCCAACUCCUUAGUGGCUCAGUGGCUUACAAAUUAUUUAAUUUUUGUCAGUAAUGCCAGUUUAAAUUGUUAAUCAAACCAUAGAUAAAAAUUUUGAACAAUUUUAAUAUAGCCAAUAUCAUGAAUAAGUUUGCAACAUGUACAUUGUAUUAACAUCUUUAAACUGAUUCAGUCAGCCUGCAAAAUCUUUGCAAUAUAUAAAUGAGUACAAACAGCUGUAGGGGAAGUAGUGAAACAGAAAAAAAACUCAGGUUGUUUCCAAAAUGCAAAAAAAAAUUGCAAGUCGUUUGGAAAGAUCCAUCACUGUGUAAAAAUUAAAUACUUCAAAUUAUUUUUGAGUUGGAAAUCACAAGCAUUUAAAAUACCAAUGAACAAAUUAUCGAGUAAAACAUUGGUAAGUCAGUUGGAACAGGACUCUGUUAUUAGUCUUAUUUUAUUUUUUUAUAUAUAUAUAUAUAUAAUUAUAUAUAUAUAUAUAAUUAUAUAUAAUUCUAUAUACACAUAUAUACACACAUAUACAUAUACAUACAUACACACAAACAAUCCACACACACACAAAUUAGAUUAACA